UUCCAACGCCCCGCCCACACGCUUUGCCGGAGAGAUGUGAGGCGAAUAUGUACUCGCUGUAAACACACACAAGAAGCUACACGGCAGGAGGAAAGUCGCCGGAGCGGCUAGAAAUGUUGUGACUCUACGCAGUGGAAGUGGUGUCUGAGCCCCGGUGUGGCCGAGGCAGAGGAUGAGGGGUUUGCGCUCGAGGUCGGACUCCAUGGCCGUACCGUUGAACUCGGCCGUAGAGACGGAGAAGGCUCAGGCGCUGCUCCAGACGUUCAGCACAGCAUCUCUGCUGGCCAGCGCUGGACUCGGAGCCUUCUGCCUUCUAGCCGACUCCGUUCUGAGCUCGCUGUUUAUCCAGCAGCACACAUGGCUCAGGGCCGUGCUGGACAACUCAGUCCAUGCCGUGAUCGCACUCUGGUCUUGGGCCAUCGUCAUUGGCCUGAGGAAAAAGAGUGACUUUUAUGAAGUGUUGCUGGCUGGUUUCCUCGCCUCCGCCGUCGACCUGGACCAUUUCUACAUGGCCGGAUCACUGUCACUUCAAGCGGCACUGAACCUGCCCCGGCGUCCUCCGCUGCACUGCUCCACGUUGGUCCCGGUGCUCUGCUUCUCGCUGCGGCUGCUCAUGUGGGCGUGCAGGCUGAAGGACUCAUGGUGUUCGCUACCUUGGCUGCUCUUCAUCUCUCUGGCAUCACACCACAUAAGAGACGGAGUGCGCCACGGCUUGUGGCUGUGGCCCUUCGCCAACACACCACCAAUCUCCUACUGGCUGUACGUCACCAUCACGGCAACCCUCCCCCACCUCUGUUCUGUGCUCAUGUACCUAACCGGCACCAGAGACAUGAUCUCUACCAAGCACGGCGUGGCCAUCGACGUCUGAUCUGUCCAUGAUGUGCGAUAAAGAAUUACUGUUCUCCGAUCCUCUCCAAGGAAAUCUUUGCACUGCAGUUGUGUGACCUGAACGUCUGGAGUUCAGCAGCACCUCACUUACAACUGCAAGUCCUUCUUGUCCCUUUACGUAAUUUAACCAGCUCAUCAGGUGUCACUUUGCUAUCAGGGUUUACUAACUGCUCUAAUUGGAACUGGAAUAUUUAAACAAUUUCUAAUCACAAAAGAGACAAAAGCUCUCUUUUUGAAGGAAUCUCUGCCAUACCAAGCCCUCUUGUCUGUGAUAUUUUCAUCAUCAUAUUCUUAUUUUUUUGUUUUAUCAGGAAAGCCAUUUUCAAGGGCGACUGAUUUGCUAGAGAGAAGGUGCUUUAACCCCAAACUGAAAUCCUCCAGGUUGCACUGUGCUAACACCCUAAGCUUCCAUCAUCUGUUAGCAGCAUUAACCUCUAACCCCAAGCAGAGAUCAAACAACAUACAUGUCCAGGUUGUUGGGGUAAAGAGCAAAAUUUUGGGCCACACGGUUCCUCUGAACAUUGUCCCGUGUUCAGGGAAGAACAACGAUGCUGUAGUAGACAUCAGGAUAGUACAGAUUCCGCCAUCAGUGAUCAAAACAUACAGACAACCUUCUGACCUGAACACUUCAGAUAAUUUAACAAAUUUGCUAACGCUUACAUAUGAAUAUGUUGCUUUGUGUGUAAGGCUUGAGUGAGAAACGUUGCUUUAGGUGAAAGUGAAUCUGUUCCAAGAAGUGUUCACCAGUCUGAUUAGAGAGUAUUAGAUGCAGAGCAGCUUGAUGGUAACAGAACCAUGCACAUGUUCCCAUUACCGAUCAAAUACGUUAGGAGAAUCAACAAUACUGUUAUUGUGAAUGCUUUAAAAUAUGACUACUACUUGUGGGGCUCAUGAGGGCUGGUAGUAUUUUGCAGUGGAUCUGUUGACCUCCAUGCCAAAUUUCUAGCUUUUGCUAAGAGAGCCGAAAUCCUCAUCCUUUCGCACGCGGAGGCCGUGUCUUACUCCGACACUGAAAAUGACCAAUCAGUACGUCAGCCCUCAUGAGCAUUUUUCGAUUAGUCACAACGAUCUGCUGUGAGGUUUUUAGUCUUAAAUCAUUGAUUUUUUUCAUGUCAAAGCCUUUUCCCUUGCGGCUAGAAAAGUGUCCAGACAUGCUGUAGGUUGUGGGUGGAGCACCAACACAUUUUUGCGUCUAUUUGCAUAAAUAUUUAAAAAGAAGAAAAGGCUCAUAAACCAUGAUUAAUUAUGAUGUGAAAGUUAAGAUAGGUAAUAGAUUAUUAGACAGCAGCUCCUGCAUACGCUCGAAACAAAGCUGUUCAUCCUCAUAAUCAAUGCUUUGUUUCAGAUCCAGUGUGCUGUGCUGUAGCCCAAAGCCAAAACAACUAAAAUCAUCUCUGUCUAAUUAUUUCCAGACCACAUAGCUCGUCUCCAUGAGUCUACUGAACUGGAAAACUGGGUUUUGUGGAUUAUUAGCCGCAAAGUGCUUGUAUUCUCUUUAUUCCUUUCACAUACAAGCUUAUAUCACAGUAAAAAUCCCAUCAAUGGUAGUAGUUCACUUCAUAUUUAGGGUGUAAUCUGAGAUGACAAAUCAGCAAAGAAGUGAGCGAUGAGACAGGAUUAAAGAAAAGAAAUGAAUGAGGGUUUAUUUUUUUCCCCCAGUCUAUACUAUAGGACGUUGACUAUUACUGUAAAUAACUAGCUACACUGUUACUUUAUAGGAAAAUAAGUGAAAAAUGAUUGUCUGUUCUUAAAUUUUGAGGAACUCGAUUAAUCCACUACCUUAUCUUGUCUGAUUUAUACCAGAGUUUGUGUCACACUUGAUUCUUAUGUUUGUAUUCACUGAAUUCCUUCAACUGUCAAUCAUGUGAAUAUACUCUCUGUUCUCACAGCAGCAGUGUAGAUUCUGCUGGAUGAAAACAGGGCCGGACAUUUCUUCCUCAUUGCUCUACACGUCGCAGAACCCAGGAAUCAAGACUUCUUUUCCUCAGACAUGGAUAGAAAUAAGAACUAAAGGGAUUAGUAAGUUUCUAUUUCGUCCAGCAGGGGGCAUCAGUGCACUACAAAUAUGUUUUUAAUGUUCGCGUACCACUCUAUUGCCGCUGUGUGACCGUACAGAUGGUUUUAUUUUGCACUUUUUAUUUAUGAAUUGUGUUAACGUCUUUUUGUCAUUUGUUGAUAUCCUGUUAAGUAAUUGUCUUAAUUUAUUAUCGCUUGAAAGACAUGUCCUCUCCCGGAUUCGAGCCGAUCACAGUGCUUGCAUGACUUCAGCCCGUCAGGGCCAUCAUGUCAGGUGAACAUGUGCACUUUUGGUUUGGUGAACACUGUGUGCCAGAUUUAUUUCAGGAUUAAAUUUGAGGAACAUUCCAGAGGGUGUUUUGUCCAAGUCAUUAGCCGCAUUAUCACAAGGAAGCCACUAUGCUCUUAACAAGCAGAAACAUCAAGCCUCACCUUUCUCUAACCCUAAGUCACUACAGUGAAAUAGGAUUUUGUGUACCGUGGACACCGUCCCAGUACAAUAAAAACUACAUGUUUAUGCCGGAGUGACGCUGCCAAGGUCAAACAUUUACGAUCGGUGUGUUCAAAUGGAAUUUAUUUACCUAGUUUGGUCAAAUAGCAGCAGUGUUUAAACCCGUGUGUUGUUUGUAAAUUAACCUGAUUGUUAGCUAGUGGGUAAACUUUUCCUGGAUGCGGUACAACGUGAGCGUCAUGAUUGAAGUAUUUCCUCGUCGGCUGAAGCGUGUCCGAUGGGCUUCUCUCCAAGCAGGUCGGCAGUCAGGCUAAGACAAAGAUAAGGAUUUUUCUUUUGCUACGCUUUUUGAAUGUGGCAUCAGUUUUCUGAUGAGAGAUGCUUAAUUCAGCUGAACACAUGAAGGAUAAAAUCAUUUGUGGAAAUGUCUUAAUGCAACUUUGUUCUGUUUUAGGGUUACAGUAAUAGUCCAGGAUUACCAAGUAUGGAAUAAAACAUGACUGGACCUGCUGUUAUUUUAUAAUGAAGUCAGGUUAUUUUCUAAAAAUGUCAAAUCAAACAACUUCGUAUUCAUUAAAGCACAAGUCAUUGCA